AUGUCUGUGUCUCGACUGGUUUUGCUGCUGGGGCUGCUUCUCUGUGUCGGGGCUCAGCUGUCCUUUGCUCAGCACUGGUCCCAUGGUUGGUAUCCUGGAGGAAAGAGGGAGCUGGACUCCUUUGGCACAUCAGAGAUUUCAGAGGAGAUUAAGCUGUGUGAGGCAGGGGAAUGCAGUUACUUGAGACCCCAGAGGAGGGGGAUCCUGAGAAACAUUGUUCUGGAUGCCUUAGCCAGAGAGCUUCAGAAGAGAAAGUGA